AUGCUAAAGGGAGGAAGAGCACAUAUAAAGGUCACUAAAGUCUUAUGGAAAUUUCCUCCAUCAGGUUGGCUAAUUUGCAACACUGAUAGGGCAUCAAGAGGAAAUUCAGGGAGAAGUACUCAUGGCUUUUGCUUAAGGAAUUCAGAAGGUGAUUUAGUUCAUGCACAAGUAGAGGACAUAGGAAUCACAACUAAUACUGAAGUUGAGGUGAUAGCAUUUUUAGAGGCUAUGAAGUUUUGCAGAGGAAAGGGUCUGAAAAAUAUCAUUAUUCAGACUGAUUCAGAGAUGGUACCAAAAAUUCUAUCUAGGGAUUGGAAAACACCAUGGAGUAUUGCUAUAUGGGUAGAUGAGAUAAUGGACAUUAGCAAGAACAUGAGUGUUACUUUCAGCCAUAUAUUGAGAGAAGGGAAUAAAUUAGCGCAUGCUUUGGGAAAUCAAGCCCUUGAUAAGGGCUCUUUUCAGUGUCAAAGCUUCCAAGAUCUAGAGGUUGAUAACAGGAAUAUACUUAAUAGUGACAAAGCACAAAUUCCUUAUUUGAGGAUCAGAACCACGAAUUGA